CUUGCAUUUCUUUUCCUGCAAAACUUCUGCGAGAAGCUUUACUGUGUGUUUCUUGUGCGUGAACUACAGCAUCAACUGGGGAACUCUAAAUCAAGUCUUUCGAAACCGAAAUCAGAGUUUGAGAAAAUGUCUUCAGAAAGGACAGGAAGUGUAGUAGGGAGUGAGGUGAUGCCCCUGGACUAUGGGAGCAUGGACUCAGAGAGUAGUCCAUCUCCAUCUAGUUCGGAGAAGACGGUCGAGGGGGUGAGAGGAGAUGAGGUGGUGGAGGUUGGGGGGGAGGUUAGGGAAAAUGAGGUGGUAGGGGUUGAGGGAGAUAGCAUACCCAUUACCGUAGUAGAAGUAGAGGGUAGAGGAGAGGGAGAGUAUGAUGUGAAUACGGAGAUAGUGGAGGAGGUGAAGCAGUACAGGUCUGAGCUAAGGACCAGGGAUAGCCUGGGUCACUUGGUAGAGAAUUAUGAGAUCUCUUCCCGAGUGUUAGUUAGGCCAGCUGGGGUAGAGGAGAGGGCGUGCUCUGCUCCUCGGGAUCACUGGAUGCCUGUGUAUUCCCACUAUUUGAUAGCGGGACUCAGGGGGGAAGGGAAGGGGGAUGCCAAGGUGAGGGCGUUAGCUUCCUGGAAGGCCAAAAGGGCCAACCAGAAUAGGUUUAGCUUAAAUGGGGAUGAGGAGGAAGAAGUGAGGAAGUUGGUGAGGAAGAGGGGAGAUGAAUUGAAUAUCAUGGACCUCACCAGUGCAGCAUGCAUAGAAGCUGCUGAGCUCUAUGGGCCAAGCACUCUAAGUGAAGCUGAAAUGGACCAGUUUCUAAACACUGCUGGAGGAGCGCCCAUCCCCAAGAAGCCAAGGAAGAAGUCAAAGACUUCAACCAAGAAAGUGGAUGAGGGGAAGACUGGGAAAGAGGUGGUGCCCUUGGCUUCAGCUGAGACGGAGGAGGAUGUGCCAGCGCUGAAGAGGAAGGGUUGGGAGGAGAGGAGGGCACUGCAGAAGAAGCAGAAGGUGGAGGAGGAGGAAGAGGGGAAUGGGGUUCCUGAGUUCGUACCUCAGCCUCCUCCUGUUGAGUUGAACCCUGAGCUCAGACGGUUGGAGGAGGGGGCUGAGGUACGGGCUCCUGGUAAGGGAAAGGGCCCUGUUUCCCUGGUGGUGCCUCAGAGCAGCCUGUUUGAGGCAAAGAACAUAAUGGGGGCUAGGUGGUUCAUCAAUAGCACCUUCCCCGAAGUGGACAAGCGCAACGCGCGGGAGGAAGCUCUGAGGUACGGGGGAGCAUCUGUUGUGAAGCAUGUUCUUGAGAGCGCGACCUGGAAGGAGAAGGAGGUGCUGGAGAAGAAAAAUAAAGAUCUGCAAGAGUCGCUGGACGAGGUGGUUCCAACUUUGAAGCAGUUGGAACAGGAGAGGUCUUCCCUGAGCACCAAGCUCGGCUUUGAAGAGAGCAAACGAAAGAUCUCUGAAAGCGAGCGUGAGGCUCAGGCGCAAGAACUGAAGCUGACGAAGGAGGCUUUUUUGGAGCUGAAGGGGAACGUGCAGACCUUGGUGCACAAUGGGAUGAAGGAGCACAUCAGCAACUUCAUCAGUUCUAUCUCGUUUGACAACAUCGUCAACCUAUACCGGCUGCCUACUGCCAUCAUCGCGUUCACGGACUGCAGGAAGAGGGUGAAGGCAGAAUAUCCCGAAGUGGAUAUUACAAAGAUCACCUUCGGAGAGCAAGAAGGGGGAGUGGAGGAAGAUGGGGAGAGCAUGUCAGUAGACUUCCGUCCUCAGAUCAAACUGAGGUGGGAGGAUGAUGCAAAUGGACGUGCUGUUUUCCCUCCACAGUUCGACUUCGAGUUCGUGGCAGUGGAGGAAGAAGGGGCAGAGGUAGAGGGAGACGAGGUACAGGCAAGAGUGGAGGGAGCUGAAGUGGAUGAGAGCCAACCAGUUCCAGAAGUGGAGAUUCAUCCAGUUCCCUCCGACGAUGAGCAGCCUCCUUUGCCAGACGAGCAGCAGUCAAGACAGCCACCUCUUCCAACUGAAGAGGAGCCAGUGGAGCCACCUCCUCCAGCAGAAAACUAAUUUUGUUUUGUUUGUGUUUUUUAUUAUUAUUAUUAUUUUUUGUAAAGACAUUUAAACAGCUUGUAAUAGUUAUUUUAGUUGAAAUGAGAAUGUAUAUUUGAAAUCAUGUGUUUGUUUAUAUUUGCUUUACAUUUUUGGUAUUAUUUUUUAUUAAUAAAAGAACUGUGAUUGC